UUCACGAGCCCUCAGUUCGGAACCCCUCAGAGCUGCGCCCUUGGCGAAGAGUAAGAAGAAGAUGAAGGCCCCCCAGAAGAAGAAGCAAAAUGCGGCAAAUUGUGGGAAGCCCGUGGGAAUACCCGAGGGGCAUUCAUUUUUGAAUACUGCUGCCCUCGCGUUGAGGUUGAGGGCUGAUCAGGCGGAGUGCUACGUUACUCAACUCCAUGUUGGGCCCUCAGCGACAGUGAUAGAACCGGGCCCCAAUGAUCUGCUGUCCCAGGCUCCCGAGGGGUGCUUUGCGGUCCAUGUCCUCUCCGUCUCGUUGGGCCUUCGGUUUCCGCUACAUCCCUUCCUCCUCGAGUACCUUAGGUAUGUCGGCCUAGCCCCUUGCCAACUUACCCCAAACAGUCAUUCAUACAUUGACGACUUUCUGCACCUCUGUCGGUCCCGGGGUUAACCCAUAGCCUCGACCUUUUCUUUCAGAGUUUCAACCUCUGCUGGGGAGGUCAUGCUAAUUCUGAAGGCUUCACGAAUCUGCAACAGAUCGCCCAGUGGAGGCUCUUUUCUGAUGCGCCCUCGUCCCACAAGGGUUGGAAGGACCGUUUCUGCUACGUCAGGGUGGCGGUGAAUCUGUUUCCCGGGGAGCUGCGAAACCACUUUAGGCGCCAUCCGAAGGUGGAGAGUGCCGCCCUUGAGAAGGAUGGAAGGAAGAUUUUCGCUCUUCCGGAGGGGUCUACGAAGCAUGUGGCAAUCAAGGACUCAACCCUUUCGGACGACCUGCACGAUUUGGGCUUCCGGCGCUACCGUUUUCUGGGGAAAAGGACGAGAAAUAUCCCCUCCUCGAUCGUGCUUUCGAGAGCACUCGAGGUAACAAUAUGGAUGUGAAGGAGCCGGGUAAACAGAAGCCCGUGGAGGCCUUCUUCCAAAAGGGGGGGCGAGGAGCCCUCCAUAGCUACUGGUGACAAGGCCGGGGGGUCUCAAGCUGCAUUGGCCUUGAAGAAGAAGGUCGGAAAGAGGGUUGAGCCCCCGGCCAAGAAGAAAAAGGUGCUCGCCCUCGGCAAGCAGCCGGCCUCUGAUGUUGUGAUCAUCGAGGAUGAGGGGAAUGCAUCCGGU